AGAAAUCAGCUGUGAAGGAAAAAAAAAAAAACCUUAUUUCGGAUGCUUCUGGCGACGAUGACGAUCACAUAAAAAAGCGGCGGACCGAGCUUGCUCUUCAUCGCUCUCGACCUCACUUCUGCUAUUAUUUCACCAGCAACGUCGCAACAUACAGCGCAUCUCAGUUAAUAUAGACCGUCGCUGCUUUUUGGUUCUCGAUAACCGAUACAUAGCUCUUGCUGCUGGGCUCCGAUUUCGCCAGUUGCUGCCCUCGCUCAGCUUUGACCUGCCCCUCCUAGCCUGUCAGGGGGACUUUUGACAUCGCCAGCCCGCGAAGAUGGUGGUAGACACUACAUACUACGACGCCCUGGGAGUGCCUCCCACGGCUACUCUGCUCGAAAUCAAGAAGGCCUACAGGAAACUGGCCAUCACAACCCAUCCAGACAAGAACCCCGACGACGAGACAGCACAUAGCAGAUUUCAAGCUAUCGGGGAAGCCUAUCAAGUACUGAGUGAUGAGACUCUACGAAAACAGUAUGACAAGUUCGGAAAGGACAAGGCGGUUCCUGGUGGUGGCUUUGGUAGGCGUUCUACUCCGUGUUUGACUUGGUCAUUGAAGGACUAACGAAGAUAAUUUCUACAGAGGAUCCCGCGGAGCUGUUUAGCAUGAUUUUCGGCGGUGAAGCCUUCGUCGACUGGAUAGGCGAGAUAUCACUGAUGAAGGACCUCACUAAGACAAUGGACAUUACCAUGCAGCAGAUGGAAGAAGAUGAAGAACUCGCAAAGGAAACAGACGCCAAACUAAACGUGAAGGACCCAGCAAAGCCGCAGUCUGGCGAGACGACUACAACCACUGCUCCCGGUGCUACUGUCGCUGAGGAUGAUGAAGCUAAGAAGGAGGGAACUGCCGGAGCAAGUGAGGCUGCUUCUGGUACCAGCACUCCCCGACGGAACUGGGGACAGCAGGCAAUCAUGGAUAAGUCUGAGGAAGAAGCUAGAAUGCAAGCAGAGGGCUUAUCACCCGAGGAGAAAGAGCUGCGGAAAAAGGAGAAGAAAAAGGGCCUCUCUAAGGAACAACGGGAACAGCUGGCUGCAUUCGAACUAGAAAGGAAGAAGCAACGUGAAGAACGAGUCAACACCCUUGCGCGCAAAUUGGUUGAUCGACUCAGCGUUUGGACCGAGACUGACAAGGGCCCUGACGUCACCGCCGCAUUCCAGGAAAAGAUCAGACUGGAAGUCGAGAACUUGAAAAUGGAGUCCUUUGGUCUGGAAAUCUUACACGCUAUCGGAAGCACAUAUAACUCCAAGGGAACAUCCUUCCUCAAGUCACAGAAAUUCCUCGGCAUAUCAGGGUUCUUCUCGAGACUAAAGGAUAAGGGUAACUUGGCCAGGGAGACAUGGACUACCAUCUCGACUGCGCUAGAUGCCCAGAUGACCAUGGAGGAGAUGGCCAAGCUCGAAGAAAAAGGUGGUGAGGACUGGACUGAUGAGAAGAAGGCCGAGUAUGAGAAGAAAGUCACUGGCAAGAUUCUCGCUGCUGCCUGGAGAGGAAGCAAGUUCGAGAUCCAGAGUGUCUUGCGUGAAGUCUGCGACCAGAUACUGAAUGACAAGGCUAUCCGUCUUGAAAAGCGGGUAGAGCGCGCCCAGGCUCUAGUUAUUAUCGGAAAAUACUUCCAGCAGGUAUGUUCAUAGCAGCUAUUUCCAUGCUGAUGUGAAGCCGUUGCAUAGCUAACCAUUUUACAGGCUGAACGUGAUCCCAACGAAGAGGGAGAGUACAUGGCCUUCGAAGAGCUUAUGGCCGACAGCAUGGCGAAGAAAGACGACAAGAAGAAAUCAGCCUCAGCAGCAAAACAGUCUACACCAAACCCCAGCAGCACCGAGAAAUAAUCACCUACAAAAAACCCCCACUGAUGAUCUUCCGUUAAGUUUUUUUUUAGAAAGCAACUUAUUCACCAUUGCUUACUUGCGUGUUUGCUUGCCUGAUUGUUUGUUCGGCACUUUUGUUCCACACCCUUAACGAGGUUGUUGUUCCUCCUUUUUCAUAUUCCCCCCUCUUACACGCUCGUAAAUAGAUAAUGUGUUCGUUUUUCCCUUCCUUUGCCGUUCUGCUAAUUUCUCGGAGAUAAAGUAUAUUCUGACAUUGUAUGUAAACGGCUGUUAAAUUGGUAGCCUAUCCAUCAGCUCGAAGAGAGUUAUGCAUUUAUGGACGAUUUUGUACAUAUUGGUACAACAAAACUCAAUACACAACUUGCCAUGAGAUAAAUGAAACGUCAGCUUGGUAAAACUCGUCAGGGAAGAGAGGUACAAAUAAGGGGGUAUCAUAAAAUGUACAGUGGGAACCGUUCCGGGGGUCAGAAGCAACGCAAAGGGAAAUGGAUAGGAAAGUAUAUAGCUGGUCUCCCGUCCUCCGCCGUGUUAGCGGUUUGUAUGCCAAAAGGAUAUAUGCAAAAGAUGUUACCAGCUAGUAACGUGUAGAGAAAUGAAAGGGGGUAAAUAGAGCAGGUCAAGUUCGAGGGAUAUCGUGUAUGUUUGUGAAAUGAACCAGCCAACCAACUCCAGUCGCUUUUAACAGAAGGAUCCCCAACCUUAAACCAGGCAAGAUUAUGAGUACUUUAAGGGAUAAAAAGGAGUAAGCGCUCUAGUAAAUGGGAAAUGCAAUAAACAAGUCAUGUAAUAUAUACAUCUAGUACAUAUGACAAAUGAAAAGAGUAAGGGUUAACAACUGAUCAUGAACCAAGAUAUCGGGUGGUGGUGGUGUUAUCGCUCUCCAGUGGACGAUGGUAGAUUGGUUGGAUCUCUAUUGGGUAUAGAGGGAGGUGAUUCGAUGGCCUCAUGCCCUUCGAACGACGGUAUAUCCGAGCAAGAUAUAUCCAUCGAGGGACUCAGUAAACCUCGGGUAUUCUUGAAAUAAUCGCCAUCAAAGUCAUCCGGGCCAAGAACACGACCACCAACCUCAACGUCGCUCACAUGGACGCUAUAUUCUAAGGCUUUCUUGGCUUCUGAUAUGAGAUUCUCUGUCCAUCCGACGCAGCGCUUGAUGCUUUGAUUCAUCUUCUGGCUGUCAAUAAGUAAUUGUUGAUGUCGUUUUAGGUCGAGAAGUAGUCUGCUUUCAUCUUUAGCUCGGUGUUUCUCGUCAUGUUCUGCUGCACGGCCUGAGCUCAUGUUGUCUUCCUCUGAGCUUGAUGGGUCAACCUCGUCAUCUGUUAGCUCAUCAGCUGAGCAGCCAGGUGACAUACGGGAAUAGGAAUAGCUAUCCGUAUCGUCUCCAUCUGCUUCGCUGAGUACCGAAAGCCCUCCCCCUGAAACAGAACGGCGAGCGGAUGUCAUCGACAGCCGACCGGAGCGGCUUAGGCGACGGAAACGACGGAGUUCAGCGUUCUGUUUCCGCAUUUCUCGUUCCAGAGCACGGUUUAUAGCUAAUAGAGACGAGUUACUGAUUUCAAGGUCCAAUACUUUUCUUUCUCGCCUGGCAUUGGCAGCUAGCUCGUUCAUUCUCUGUAGUACGUUCCCGUCAUCUUUGGACGGGCUCGGGGCUCGUGGAAGAAGAUUAUGUGAUAUUUCCCCCGAGGAAGGUGAUCGAUUAUGUGAAGUUUUCGGAUAUGGGUCUAUCAAAUCACUCGCUGACUGCGAUGUACUAUCCUGCGAGAGUGUAGGACGGUGUAUUAGAGGGCUAGCCAAAAAUGAGUGCUUUCGACCCGCAGUAUGUGUCGAGUCGCAGCUAGUGGAUUUGAUAUGGCCGAACCUGCCAGGGUUCUCGGGCGUCUGGUCAUUACGACUGGGUAUCUGAGGAAAUGUUUUUUCUUGUGCCGGCGUGAUUUUCGGGCUGAAUACGUGCUGUUCGGUUGCAUUGCCCGUGAAUUGCUUAACUUGUGGCCCUGAAGGGGACGUUUCCUGAAGUCGAGGAGACACUGGAGAUUUUAUAGGGGUAGACUGUGCCAGCACCGGCUUCUUGACUGGUGGCUGUUGCUUAUAGGAGGGUUCGGCAGCAUUUGUAGAGUCUUCGGUACGGCCAUCUGCGUAGAUAAAAGACUUUGGGGCUAGAUGGGGAUUCGAUUGAGGUUGUGGUUUUGAUUCUGUGUCGUAUGCUGAAGAUGUCGGUGAGCGGGCAUCAUCUGCGUGGAAGAACAUCGGAGUCCCGACAGAGCUACCACACGACGAUGCUGGCCGGUUGUUUGGUAGAUGUCCAUAAGGCUCAUUGCUCAUGCUCUUUGCUCUCGAGACUCUUAGGUUCGCACCGGCGUGUUGCUCUUGGGGAGUGGGCGAUGCCUCGUUAGGGUUGCUACCCCUUGAGCUCUUUUGGCUUGCCAGAC